GAGCGGCCGUCCCGGCAUGCAGCGGGCGGCGGGUUCGCACCAAGAUGGCGGCGCCUCUGGACGAGUACGAGAAGGAGGCGGGCUGCGUCCCCAUCCUGCACCCCGAGGAAAUCAAGCCCCAAAGUCAUUAUAGCCAUGGAUACAGUGAAUCUCUGGGCCGGAAAAUCCACAAUGAUGAUUAUAGCACUUGGGACAUCGUCAAAGCAACACAGUAUGGAAUAUAUGAACGAUGCAGAGAGUUGGUGGAAGCUGGUUAUGAUGUACGGCAGCCAGACAAAGAAAAUGUAACGCUCCUCCAUUGGGCUGCAAUCAACAACAGGAUAGAUCUGGUGAAAUAUUACAUAUCCAAGGGUGCCAUUGUCGAUCAGCUGGGAGGAGAUUUAAAUUCCACCCCUCUUCAUUGGGCAACGAGACAGGGUCACUUAUCCAUGGUUGUACAACUGAUGAAAUAUGGUGCUGAUCCAUCACUAAUUGAUGGAGAAGGAUGUAGCUGUAUUCACUUGGCUGCCCAGUUUGGACAUACUUCUAUUGUUGCUUACCUGAUAGCAAAGGGACAGGAUGUAGAUAUGAUGGAUCAAAAUGGAAUGACACCCUUAAUGUGGGCGGCUUACAGAACACAUAGUGUGGACCCAACUCGAUUGCUGCUUACUUUUAAUGUUUCCGUUAAUCUUGGGGACAAAUAUCAUAAAAACACAGCACUUCAUUGGGCUGUGCUAGCAGGAAAUACUACAGUGAUUAGUCUUCUCCUAGAAGCAGGAGCUAAUGUUGAUGCCCAAAAUAUCAAGGGAGAAUCACCACUUGAUUUGGCAAAGCAGAGAAAAAAUGUUUGGAUGAUCAACCACUUACAGGAGGCAAGACAGGCAAAGGGGUAUGAUAAUCCAUCCUUUCUCAGAAAACUAAAGGCUGAUAAGGAAUUUCGUCAGAAGGUGAUGCUAGGAACUCCUUUCCUAGUUAUUUGGCUCAUUGGGUUUAUUGCAGACCUAGACAUUGAUUCUUGGCUCAUUAAAGGGCUAAUGUAUGGUGGCGUAUGGGCGGUGGUACAAUUCCUUUCAAAAUCAUUCUUUGAUCACUCCAUGCAUAGUGCACUGCCUCUUGGAAUAUACUUGGCAACCAAAUUCUGGAUGUAUGUGACAUGGUUUCUCUGGUUUUGGAACGAUCUCAGUUUUCUCUUUAUACAUCUUCCAUUCCUUGUCAAUAGUGUUGCACUUUUCUACAAUUUUGGAAAAUCCUGGAAAUCAGACCCAGGAAUAAUAAAAGCCACAGAAGAACAAAAGAAAAAGACAAUAGUUGAACUUGCAGAAACAGGAAGUCUGGACCUCAGUAUAUUCUGCAGUACCUGUUUGAUACGGAAGCCAGUGAGGUCCAAACAUUGUGGUGUAUGCAAUCGAUGUAUAGCCAAGUUUGAUCAUCAUUGCCCAUGGGUGGGUAACUGUGUAGGGGCAGGGAACCAUCGCUAUUUCAUGGGAUACCUAUUCUUUUUGCUUUUUAUGAUCUGCUGGAUGAUCUAUGGGUGUAUUUCUUACUGGGGAUUCCAUUGUGAGACUAGUUAUGCAAAAGAUGGAUUCUGGACGUACAUUACACAAAUUGCCACCUGUUCACCUUGGAUGUUUUGGAUGUUUCUAAACAGUGUUUUUCACUUCAUGUGGGUGGCUGUGUUGCUCAUGUGUCAGAUGUAUCAGAUAUCUUGUUUAGGUAUCACGACAAAUGAAAGGAUGAAUGCCAGACGAUACAAGCACUUUAAAGUUACAACAACUUCUAUUGAAAGUCCAUUCAACCAUGGAUGUAUAAGAAAUAUUAUAGACUUCUUUGAAUUCAGAUGUUGUGGUCUUUUUCGUCCUGUAAUUGUGGACUGGACAAGGCAGUAUACAAUAGAAUAUGACCAGACUUCAGGAACGGGCUACCAGCUAGUGUAGCACCACCUUGACCCUGUGAGCAUAUCAUAUAUGAGUGGUGCCUGAAAAUUUCUCUCUCUCGAAUCCACAUCCCUUGAACAGUAGCAUGCUAUAUGUAGGGCUAAUGAUGAAUCUUAUGGUACCUUCUCUUCAUCAGAAUUUUAUUAACAAACAUAAAAAUGGACAGAAAAAACUGCCAAUCCUGAAAAGGAAGAGGAGGAAGAUCAAAAAGGGAUUUUAACAGUUCUUAACAUGAGAAUUAUUUGCAACCACAUAUUCAUGGUAUUUGUUGUUUUUUUUAUUUAACACAUUUCACAAUGAAGCAUGAGGUUAUUAAAGUAUUGUCAUACUUAGUUAUGUUGUGCAGGAUAGACGUUUUCAUUUCAUUGUCUGAUACUUCCACUGGAAUGGGAAUCUAGAGCAUAAAGUAAACUUCAUGAUGCAGUCAUACUUCAGUGAGAUUGCUGCGUUGUAGUUCCUGUAAUGUGAUUUUUAUAUAGAUUUUCUAUAGUAUUAUGUACAUUGAAAAAUGUGCAUUUCAAUACUGUGAUUAAAAUUAUGUGGUUUUAUUGGGGAUCCACUGUAAUGUGUUAAGUUGCUGAGGUGGGGCACAUGAAGAUAAUAUUAACAAAAACGUUUCCUACAGUGUGUGGCUUUUGGCUGUUAGGGCCAUUUGUUUCUGGUACCGUGAAAUAUUUGUAAUUAACCUUGUUUUGAGGUGGUAUAGUCUGAAAAUAAACAGCUGCACAAGCAAGUACAGGUCUUUUGUUGAAGUUAAAGCCCUGCUUUGUGCAUGAUAUACUCUUAAAAUAUAGGCCACGAUAGAGACCACAAUAUAUACUAGAGUAUAAGAUAUUCAGUUAAAAAAUAAAGAGGAAAUGAAUUUGAUAUCUCUGGAGUAGUAAUAUAAACAAUUAAUUAAAUGGCUAUGUUUAAAUAUUACGAGCAAUCCAAUGUAAUAUAUGGUAUAAUGACUGGAAAGGUAGUAUACUUGAAGAGAAGUUGCCAAGGGGGAACCAAAGAUAUGAAUGCAAAUUCCCUUUAAUAAAAGAAAUGUUCUAAUUGUUUUAAAUUCCAGAUUGCAAAAGUAGUAAUAGUGAAUGAACUAAAUGAAACGCUUUUUUUUUUUUUUUUUUUUUUUUGCACAUUAAAACCAAGCCUAAGCACAGCAUGAUCCCUGUUAAUAGCCCAUAUGAAUAGAAAAUCUAAUACAACUUUCUAAAGAAGAUUUGUCAUCAAGUAGAAACUUUCUGUUAAGUUUUUCUGCUACAAGCUUGUUCAAAAGGUAAGGAAUGAUCUGAAACCACAUUCCAAAGGGGUUUUGUUGUUGAAUAUGAUGCACUGAUUUUGUUAUAGCAUUUUCAUAUAUUCAUGGUGAAUUAUUCACUGCUUCCUUAACUAUUGUUUACAGAGAGAAUGAGACUCUGAUCAGUUCUCUUUAAGUGCUGUAGCAACAUAGUGGUUCGAGAAACCUGUGAGGGGAGUUUGGGAAGGGGACUUGAAAGCAGAUGAUAGACCAGUGUAAAGAAUGUGUAUCUAUAUAUAAAUAAUUUAUCAAAUAGUUUUCUCUUUGUGAGUGUGUGUUAGUAUAUUUAAAGCUGCUCAUUUCAUUUUAUCCAACCAAAAAGUGUAGAAGAUAUCUAAUGAGCUUUUAGUGAUGUUCAAUAUUGCUGUUUAUAGGCAUUAUACCCUGCAAAUUCACUGCAUGUUUGAUGCUUGGAAAAAUUAGCGUUCCCUGUAAUAUGCAGAUUACAGGCAUUAAAGCAAUCUAGUGGUUUUCCCGCCCCUUGCCUUAGUAAGAGGAGCAGCAAAACUGUAAAUAGUUGAUGUUCAGUAUUUGCAAGUAGACAUUUUUUAUCUAGCUGUUUCUUUGACCGCAAGACAUGCAUAGUUUGUAAGUACCAGAUAUCAAGAUUUACAGAAAUGCAACAUUCAUGUUCUUGAAUGUUUAACACUGGAAAAAAAUCAACGUUAUCUUUGACACUAUUUUUGAGGGGACAAGGGUCAGGUACAAGGGUGGCAAGAGGCGAAGGCCAACUUGUCAGACAGAACUUAGAACUACAAUGAUGACACUGUUAACAAUAACAAAAUUUAGACCAAUUAUUAAUUAUUUUAAUUUCAUGAAAAAGCGUGCCCAGGACUUUAAUAUUUUGUUACUUAUUUUUUAAAUGAAAUGUUCUGCACUUUUGUUUAAACCUCUUUUCCCACUUGUGUUUGGAGUCAGUUCAUGUAACUGAAAUACUAAAAUGUUUUAUUAACUGCAUUUCCACCAGUAGAAGACUCCAGCGUGUAACAUACAUUCAUUUGAGUUGCCCUGCUCCAUUAAUUAUCAUUAAGUGUGUGUACCGUGUGCAUUUAAUGUAAAAAUAUUUGUUAAGGAAGGAAUAGUAUCUGGUAAUAAUAUGGAGCGACUUCUGCAGGCCAUAACUGAGCAUAACUCCCCAGUGAGAGUUUUGCUUAAUUAAGGUCUGAGAAUAAGGCCAAUAGAAAAUACACUUACUGCUUCAGAAUUAACUUACAAAUAUUGUGGAUUUGGGGCACACCAGAAAUUCCAAUGCAAAGAGUUAGUUAAUUGUUUUGAGGAAUAGUUAAAACUAGGAUCUGGAACCAUCAGAAUAGGAAAAGUCUUCUAUGCAGCAUUUGCCUCCCAAGUAACCUAUUAAGCUUUACAGUUUGCAUAUUGCAGCAAAACUACAUCACUUCCAAAACUGACUGAAGCUGAUCUGGGCCAAGAACAGAUCUGAGUCAUGUAAUCUGAUUAUAGGUUGAGUAAAUGGCAAUUUUUGUCUUGGCCCUAAACAUGUGCUGCUGCUUUGCAGGUUUCUGUGUCCUUCGGUGUCCACCAGAUUUUGUUUUUGAGAAUUCAUAUGCAUAAAACAGCAUCACUGCAUCUUAAGCUAUGGAUAUUUUGGUUUUGUGUUCUCUUUAUUUAUAACUGUGCCAAGUAUUAUUUUACUACUGUCAGGAUCUUGAUGUAUUACAUUGUGAACAAAAACCUGUAAAUGUUUAAUAAAUUAGCUCUCCUUACAUAAAUUAAAUCUGUCAAAUUUUUGUAAGUUAUUAAUCAAAUAAAUAUUGACUCUUAGAUGCA